CUUGUUGGAAGUGAAGAUGUUUAAAAAAAAAAGUUUUUUUAAUUUUUUUUUCAGGGUUCAUCUUCGCGAAACAUCUAUGUAAAAGUUAGAUCAGGAUAAUAAAUCAUUAUUUACAGUAAAAAAAGAAAGUACGCAUUAAAAAGGUAUUAGGUGACAACUGAUCAAUACCAUGUGUUAGAAGAGUUUAUUAUAAAGUGUUGGAAAAAUACAGAGCAGUCUUAAAAUUUAUGGUAGUUUGACCUUUUAAACAUACAAGCAAUACAUUAUUUGAUAUAUUUCAAAAGAUUAAAGAUAAUAUUGUAAAGAGUUGUUGAUAGAUUGAAAAUUCCACUGACUUCACUGCAGUUCAUUGCCGUUUUUCAUUAUUUUUAUGAGUUACCAAGGAAAAAUAUAUAACAAUGUUUUAUAGAGAAGAAACAAUAGGUAAGCAAUUUAAAUACAUUUAGUUUCAUUUAAUUAUACUAUGGCAUCAUUUGUGUAUCAAAGAUCAUACCCAAGAUGGAAGGAGCCUUUUAAUUUUAAAAAUGAGAAUGCUCAUUCAACUCAACAAAAUAAACUACAGAAACAAAUGUCAUUAUCUAAAGAAUAUGGUAGUGCCAUUAUAUCACGAGAUUUAGCUAAAGAAGACAUGUUAGUUAGUACAUCAACAGUUAAAGUUGAAAAUGACAAUGAGUCAACAAAUUUAGAUGAUAUUAAAUCACUAUGGGGUAUUAAAUUAAGACAUGUUGUAGUGAAAGAUAAUCAAUCUUCUUCAAAUUCUAAUGAAGUUGAUUCUUUGUUUGAUUUUGGUUAUUCAAAAAGUCCUACAGAAAAUGAUUCUGGAGGUUUUGUUAAAAAGGUUAAGAAAUUAGAUCGCAGCAUUUCAUUAGAUUAUUUAGCCAAGGACUCAAAUUAUGUAAAUAAAAAAAAUAAUAUUAGUUUAAACAACCAAAAAAGUUAUGAAAUAUUAUCUGAUGUUAUAAAACCAGAAAAAAAACCUAAAAUCAGAAGAACUAAAAGUCUUUUUAUGCAAACUAUAAGUAAUCAGAUAUUUUAUCAACCGGUUGAUACUGAAGUUUUUGUUAAAAAACCUGUUCUAAACCUUGAAGAGCUUUUAAUGAAAGAUGAAAAAAAGCUAAGAGGUACUGUUUAUAAUGAACAAAUAUCAAACGAUAUACCUGAGGAAAAAAUGAACUUAUUAAACAUUAGCAAACCAGAAAUAGUUAAAUCUCCUAUUUCAAAGGAAAAAACUAUUUCUGAAAAUGUUCAGUUAAAUAAGGUAUCAAAUUUUGAUAUAAAAAGUAAGGAUAAAAUUCUGAUAAGUUCUAAAGAGAAAAAAAAUCCAGAAGUAAUACACUACCCAAUCAGCACAAACCAAUUUGCAACUUCAACUGAAUUAGUUUCAUCAAAAGAUAGCAAAAGUAUUAAAAACCAACAGCCAGAUGUUAAAAUUUUGAAAAAAAUGAGUUUGCAACCUUCCAUAAAUUAUAGUCCCAUCAGUGUCGUAAAAACUGAUGUAAUUCCUGAUUUUAAAAAAAACAUUGUGUUUAAUAAAACUGAUGCAAACCCAGCUUCAGAGUUUAAAAAAAAAAGCACUGUUUCUAAUGAAACUGAUGCAAGUACAGCUCCAGAAUUGAAAAAAAACAUUGUCUUUAAUAAGCUGGGUCAAGUUAUAGUAAAUGAUUAUGAUGCUAAAGAACCAAAAGUUUCAAAUAUUGAUAUGAAAGAUGUUUUACCAAAAGAAAGCUUAGAUUCAACACUUUCUGUUGGAAACUCAAAAGAAAUGGCUAACAGCAAUCAGUCAACCACUGUUAAUACAAAAGUUGAUAACAGUAGUUAUGUGUCUAGUAAUCAGUCAUCUGGGGUCAAAGUUUACCAAGAAGAUGAUCACAAAAUAAAUAAACAUUCAGAAGAAAAAAUACCUAUUUCAAGCAGUAUUUUUUAUGAAAAUAAUAAUAUUGCAAGUACUAAUUUUAACUCGUAUUCUUCUCUUAAAAUAAUAGAUUCAAAAAUCUCAAAAUCUAUAGAAACAAAUAUUAAAGAGAAUCCUAGUAAUGUUGUUAUAGAGCGUAUUAAUGAUAUAUCUAAAAAAGAAAAUUUUACUCAAAAACCUUAUUUGGCAUUUGACUUAAAUCCUAAUAAUCAACGCAUCAGUCGAUUAACCAUUAUACCAGGGGUUGAUAGAGAUGCACAACUAGAAUAUGGUAAAUAUCAAAUUGGAGUUAAAAAUCUGAAUGGUAGUAACAACUUACAGAACUUUAAAGUUUUAAUAUUUACUUCAAACAAUCUCGAUGAGGAGUUUAGCGAGGAAGAGUUGUUUGUUCCUAAGGUUGUUUACAAUGGAGUAGUGGAGCAAAUCAAGUCUAUUUUGUUGACUAAUAAAUUAUCUGGUCAAAAAAAAAAGGUGGUUUUUGCUGUUAAGAAUUUAGAAACCAUAUAUUCUUAUCCUUCAGAAGAUCCGAUUGAAGAUUUUUAUACAGACUCUGACGUUGACAUAUUGCUAGCAGAGGAGAAUGAGACUAAUACUUCUAUAUUUGGUAUUGAAAGCGCUAUUCAGCAAGAGCGUGAACGUCUUAUCAAAACUUAUUAUGAAAAUCAAGUUCAAGAAAAAGUACAACCAACGCUCAGUACAGAAGGAGAUCAUUACCAAAUUCAUUCAGUUCAGGAAGAUGGCGGAGUAAUGUUAUUUUAAAAGUGAAUCGUUUAAAUCUUUUAAAGAUAAAUGUAGAUAAAGUUUUCUAAUACUUGCUGCCAUAGUUAAACAUAAAGUUAUCAAGAAAUUUGCAUUCGAUACUUUUCAUUCAAUACUUUAAAGUAUGUGCAAGGCAGAAUUAAUAACAAGGUUUUUUAUGCUUUAUUUUUGGUAUUUUUUACUUUUUAUUUUUGUAAUAAUCAAUAACAAAGGUUUCCUAAAAUAUUGUUUUUUUUUAUUUUUGUAAAUUGAUUUUUUUCUCUCUUUUUUUUAUGUUUUUGAAAUUUACUUAACCUUUAGUAAAGUUGAGUUAAUUUUUAGUAAUGAAUUAUAACAAAAAAUAAAAUUAAUUUUUAUUAUUAUGAUUAUUAUUAUUGUUAUUAUUAUAUUAUUUUAGUAUUACUUUUUAUUAAAUUUUCAAAUCUAUAUUUGUAUAUAAUUACAACGCCAUAGACAGGACUUUUAUGUAUUUCUAUAACUAUUUUAAAUUUUGUAUAUCCCGAUAUGUUCUGUAUUAUACACCCACGAAAAAGAACAUGUUAAAUUAAAUUUUAUAAAA